ACUAAAGUAAGUUUAAUUAAAGUCUUUUCUGCCUUUAGCACUUUUUCUCCUUUCUCACGGUUUCAUUGGCUCUCCCUCUUUUGCUCUGCUUCAGUUUCUCUUCCCAAAAACAAACUAUCGUAUUGCAUCUGAGUAUCCGAGAGAGUUUCUUUUGAUUUUAGAGAGGGGCUAAAAUGGCGACGAACAUUGGUAUAAUGGAUAGUGCUUACUUUGUUGGAAGAAACGAGAUUCUUGGUUGGAUCAAUGACCGUCUUCAUCUCAAUCUCUCUCGCAUUGAAGAGGCUGCAUCGGGUGCUGUUCAAUGCCAGAUGAUGGACAUGACCUUUCCAGGGGUUGUGCCUAUGCACAAGGUUAACUUUGAUGCAAAGAACGAGUACGAGAUGAUACAAAACUACAAAGUCAUGCAAGAAGUCUUCACCAAAUUGAAAAUUACAAAGCCAUUGGAAGUCAACAAGCUUGUCAAAGGGAGACCACUAGACAACUUGGAGUUUCUACAAUGGCUAAAACGUUUUUGUGAUUCCAUAAAUGGUGGCAUUAUGAAUGAGAAUUAUAAUCCAGUUGAACGAAGAUCAAGAGGUGGUAAAGAGAAAAGUGUAAAGGGGUCUAGUAAGGUCUCAAAGUCCAUGCAAACAAACAAUAUGCAUCAGCCUCCUCCAGUCACUACUUCCAACAAAACAUUUGGUCCCAAGCAAGCAAAAUCACAUGCUGUUGGAGGUGGGAGCAACUCAUCAGCCGAAGUGCAAGCUCUGUCAAAGGAGCUUGAAGAUCUCAAGGUCUCGGUUGAUCUCUUGGAAAAGGAAAGAGAUUUUUACUUCAGUAAGCUCAGGGAUGUAGAGAUACUUUGUCAGACUCCUGAGCUCGAUGAUCUUCCAAUAGUGGUAGCGGUUAAGAAGAUAUUAUAUGCAGCAGAUGCUAAUGAAUCUGCAUUAGAAGAAGCUCAAGAGUGCCUAAGCCAGUCUCUAGGGCUUGGGGCUGAGGAAGUAGAACAAGAAGCAGAGACCCAGACUUAAAGUUGUGAUUUCUAACAAAAUGAAGUUUUCAAAGUAGAGGAUAACAAUAAUCAGCUUGAAAAUUUUAAUAAUAAAAGAACAAAUGCUUAACGAUUAA